CAUACAGUUUUCAACUGGAAGCUACGUCUGCCUCGUGAAUACACAGGACUUAGGCCUAGGUCCUUUGUAUUUUUUAACAUGGAUUAUUUUAUCGAUCUUUGGAGAAACCAAGAAAGAACAAUAGAGUGGUAAACGCACUGUUUUAUUUUACUUUUAAAUCUACUUGUGUUUGCUACAAAACAAAAAAAAUGGGUUUUGGUUAGUAUUUUUGACAGUAUUUUGAUGUGUUAACACUGAGCGCAUGGAACACUGGAUACCAAAUAGAGUAGCCUAUUCGCCGCACAGCAGAGCGUGCGCCGUGCCACCGGGUUGAAUACGAGCGCACAGAUGCGUGCCACAGUAUGUCGGUGCUCCUCAACAACACUCAGAACGGCGUUAGUUUCCGCGGUGGAGACAACUACGUUUGGCAAUACGAGUACUACGAUGACGAAGAACCUGUGUCUUUUGAAGGUCUAAAGGCACAUCGCUACUCUAUUGUUAUAGGGUUCUGGGUUGGCCUGGCUGUGUUUGUCAUCUUCAUGUUCUUCGUCCUCACUCUUCUGACCAAGACUGGGGCUCCGCAUCAAGAACACUCAGAAGGCUUUGUGAAAUCAGUUCGUGUGGGCACUUGUGUGGUGGACAUGGGCACCCAGGCGUUCUGUCGCCCCCUACUGGCCAACUCCCACUCCCCUCCUUUUCGCUGCUGGUCACAGGACCAGACUGCCAAUCAAAUGCCAGAUGUCAUCGCCCUUGGCAAGCUUAUUGGCUGUAAUCCUGAUGGGGUCGUUUCCGACGGUGACCUCCUGUCAGAGUUCAAUAUUCCAAAUGUCGUGGUGACCUCUAAUCCCGAGUUGAAUGUCACUGAUGAUGACUUACUUCUCUCUGAGCCGCCAGUUAUCAUUGAGGACCAAUCACAUGGCACUACUCGAGCUCACACGUUCCACUGAGGACCAACCCUUUAUUUGAAACGGAUGAUCCUUGAGCUUUCGAGCUAGAACCUUCUAGAACCUCACCAGGACCUUUCCUAUGUUUGAAAAUAGGGGAUCCUUAACCGUCAACACUCCCUAGAUCUUCAAGAUACUCAAGAAAUGUGUCCUGACAGACCUUUCACAUCAGUACUGACCUAAACCAGAUACUGGGCAACAUGGAAUAUGCAUUGGAAUCUCUAAAACCUGGUCUCACAUCAGGGCUGACCUAUACCAGACACUGGACAAUAUGGAAUAUGCAUUGGAAUCUCUAAAACCUGGUCUCGCAUAGGGA